AUGCAAGAAAAGUUUUUCACUAAUUUUCUAAAAAAGCACAAUCAUUUCAGAUUCCCAGACGCGUGGUGACGGACGAGAUAAAGACCGAGCCUCCGUUUGUCCCACCUCCGCCAUCGGUAGUUGUGCCGAGCGUCAUAGGGAGUCUCCAGCCGCCGUCGGUAGUCGUGCCGAACGCCAUCGGGAUACCGCCGCCGUCGCUGAUGACGAUCCCACAGCCAGGCCUUUUCGUUCCACCACCGCCGCCGGCAGUCGGACAGACGGCUUCACGCCGAAACCUCAGCUUCAACUCGCCGCAGCAACAUAAUCAGCCUCUUCCGCCCUCUCUCGUCAUGGCCCCUUCGUUGGCCCUACCCUCGGCUUCUGCCACGGGCGAGCCCAUCAAGCUCACUUCUUCACAGCGUAAAAAGCUCAAAAAGGAAGCCAAGGCACGGCAGACGUUCACCGAAAAGGUUUUUCGAUUUUUUUUUUGUGAGAAAAUCUUAAAUGGGUCUCUGUAGAGUUUUGAGUAAAGGUCUCAAAAGUAAAUGUUUGAACGAACAUUCAACCGAACUUUUUCUGAAAAUUUUUUGAAAUGGACGAAUUAGUUGAAUCUUAUAUGGAUCGUUUGUUCGAAAUUUCAUUCUAGUUAAAUUUCAUAACUGAGCAUUUGAAAAAGUAAACAAUUACUUAUUUUUUUCGAAAAAAAGUUUUGUUAAAAAAACGAACAUUUAAAUUUCUCUUCGAAAAUCUUUUGGUCAGAAAAAGUGAACAUUCAUUUACUAGUCUAUGAUUGUUUAGAAAAUGACCAUUUAUUUUUCAGUUAUUAUUUGAAACGUCACAAAAUAAAAAUGAAAGUGAUCAAUUUUUGGUUGAUCUUUCAAAAACGACAUUCGUUUGAAAUGUCAAAAAGAAAAGUUUUCGCUUUUCAAAAAUUUCUUUCUUUUCCAUUGGUCAUUUUGAAAACUCUAGUUUUAAGGUUUCAGUGGACAUCUAGUCGAAUUAGUGGCCAUUUAAGGGAGUUUUAUUGCGGAAAAUUUCAAUUUUUCCUCGUCUUUGUAACACCAGCUUUCAGAUGUUUUUUAAAAGUUUGUUUUGUGGGAUUAAUAGUGGUCACUUUAGUGUUUUGAGGUUUCCGUGGACACUAUAGUAGUCGAGUUAGUGGCCAUUUAAGUUACUGAAUUUUAGAUCAUUUUUCUAGCGUUUUUGUUACGCUAGCUUUCAGAUGGACAAGAUUUUGGAUCGGCAGAAACAAAAGCAAGACGAAGACCUCGCUCAGCCCAUAUCUUUUGGCGCCAUUGAUCCUCUACUGGCACCGAAGGACCCUCUUGAUGAGGAUUCACAGACGGAACAAGGUUUUUUGUUGGGUUGAACGAUAAUUUCUGCAAGACUUUUGGACUAAAUGCUUUUAGUCCCUAUAAGGGCCACUUUACGAACUCCCAUAUGGGCCCCUCAAUCAACAGAGGUUAAAUCGAUCAAUUUUAUCGUUUUAAGUCUCACGGUCUCAAAAAUUGAACGACCCUUGUAAGGACCAUUUUUUCGUCCCCUAAAGGGGCUUUUUUCCCCUAACCUCUUUGGGGAAAAAUCGAGCUUUAGCGGCUAAGGGGUAAAACUUCUACAGGGAUCACUUUUUCGUCCUUUAUAGGGGCUGUUUCCCCCAUAACCCCUGUAGGGGCCCCUCUAGACUUCCUGAGAUGGAAGCAGAAGAAGAAGAAGAAAAUUUGAUGCAUUUUCAAGGUGGCGCUCUGCCUGCGAUCAUGGGACCUGGACGAGGCGGAGACAACAUUCAAAGCAUGGCGCUGGCGCUCAUGGAUGGCGGCGGUGCGCUGAUGGCGAUUCAAAAGAAAAAGGAGGAAAAAGAGGCGUCGGCGGAAGCGUCGAAAAAGGGCAAGGAUUCGAAGCACAGGCGACGCCGCAACAAUCUCGACCCGAAAAAGAUCCAGCCCAAGGUUUGGACCCCCGUCGCCAUUUUCUUCACUCUUUCCUAAUUAUUUUCUCUAAACUAGUCGAUCUUGUUGCAGCUUAACUCGGCCCAGGCCUUGGUGGCAGCGACUAAAGCCGGAGAGAUGUCGGACGCGUUGAAAAACGAAGUGAUGAACAGCGAGGACGCGACUCUCGCCUCGCAAGAAGGCCUCGAGAUUAGGUGACUUUCAUCAUCUUUUCACAGCAUCGGGAAGGUACAGCGGGGAAGGAAGAAAACCACGAGUUGGAUUAGUUGAGCCCAGUUGAUUGAGAAAAGAAGCAUGAAACGGGAAAAUUCCUUAAUUGCACAAUCUCAGAGAGCUUGUGGUAAGGGCGGCUAUAUUUUAUUCUAGAAUCGCCCGAAAGCAGAAAGUGUUGCACAUCAUAUUUUAGUAAUAACCACGGAAAAAAAGUGGAGCAAAGGAACUAAUAAAAAACGGAAAGGUUAAAAUUUAAUUGAAAAACAAUAAUUCAUUAAAAUAUAAAAAUAUGAUCAAAAACGCGCUUCCCUUUAGGGCAUUCUGGAACGAUCUCAAUAAAACGAAAAUAAGUUUUUAUUUACGGCCAUAAUGAGAAAGUUUGCAGUGGCCACCAUAGUGGUCAAUUGGUGGCCACUUGAGGGGCUCAAACUAAGUUACCUCGUUAGGAGUUGAACUACUAUAUAACUAAAAACUACUGUAGUGACCACUGAGACGCAAAAUAGUGGCUCCUAUAGAGGGGUUUUAGUGGCCUUUCCUCCUGAAGUAUUCCUUGAGGAACCUCUAUAUCGGCCCACAAUUUCCCAGUACAUGGGCAAAUGCAGAACUAGAUUAGUGCAGGAGAGGAGUUGGGUUAUACGUCGGCUGUAUCUCACCCCAGGGUGCGGUCUAUAUUGAAAAAUAUGCUUUGCGUCAACAUUAAUUUUUUUUUCAUUUUGCCAAUAUUCCAUGGUCGCUCAUUUUGAACACCAUUAAUUUGAUGAUUUGAAAUUUUGAAUAAAACGAAUGAAUGACCCUUAUAUCAUCUUAUGUAACUGAAUACGAGAUUCAGACCAACACUUAUAGUGUAGAAACUGAUGGAAUGAUACUAAAUCCUUAACUGAACGUCUAAAAAAACUAGGUUGAAGGAGUUCUAGCCGUUUCAUUUUUUUUUCAUUUCAUGUGUUUAUUCGCCAUUCCGCAAUCUGCACGACAAAUACAAAAAAUAAUACAUCAAAUAAAUCUAACAGCUGAUCUGUGGAAACGGCUGGAGGGAAAGAUUGUCUGAAUAGACGGUGCUAACCCCCAUUUGGUAUUUAAGUUUGUUCUUCGUUUUUUUUUAAAGUAGUUUUUUUAUAUUAUUUAAUUAUGGGAGUGAUUUAUAUUUUUGAGUAAGAAUAAUGGAAUCUAGAUUUUAGUAGGAUCUAGUGAAUUUGGAAACGAUGUGUUUGAUUCAAACCAUGAGGCGAGCAUAAUCCGAAACUUGCCGAUUUCGUAUUCAAUGAUAGUUUCUCUCUCCAGUUGGUUCCAAAUGGGUACGACUCUAUAAUUUAGGAAGCGUUGUUUGAUCAAUUCAUUCAUUGGUUGAACAAGUAUCAUUCCAUUUCCUCUGAGUUGAUUAUUUCUACUCGAAUUAAUCAUUAAUUUAACAGGCGACUCACUCCAAAAAUAUCCAUGAAUGUAUUAAUGAACGCAACAAACGUCUUUAAAAAGUCUUCUAGUCCAUAACGUCGAUAGUUUCAGUUUGGCUAAUCUAUUGCGAUAAUCCAAUUUUGGAUAUAAUCUUUUGGUAAAUUUUCUCUGAACUGAUUCUAGUUGAUUUAUAUCAUUCAAAUUAGCGGGCACAUUAAUUCGGAUCCGUAGUCAAUGAUAGGCAAGAUUUUGGAUUUGUAGCAUUUUAGAAAGUUAUUUUGAGAGAAAUGAAAUUGUAUUCUAUUCAGACUUGGAAAGGUGUUAGAGAAGGUAAACAGCAGUAGGUUGGAAGGUGAAUGGAAGCUCGUACCCCUUAGACUUCUAGACAGGCCACUAAUUUUUAGCCCCUUGAGUGGCCACUAAUUUGACUACUAUAGUUGCCAUUAAAACGUCCAAAUCCUAUAGUGGCCACUAAAAUUUUUCCCAGUGCAGCAGGCCUCUGGGAGGCAACUAGAAGGUGAUAGACAUGUCAUCCGAGUAAAGCAAAAACUUUCCAACUUUCACCGGACAAUAUGUUUACAGAGGCAACGACGCUCGUCAUCUUCUCAUGGCCAAGCUGAUGAGAACCAACCGAUCCUGUGUACUCGUACUUCGUAACAUGGUAGUUUAACAAGCCAUUUUUAAACACGAGGUUGGAAAAGGCUUUCGAUUUUUUUUUUUCAAUUCGGAAAUUGGAUUUUUCCUCUUCAAUUUGCUUUUCGUCUGUUGUCAAUUUGGUUCACGUUUUCAAGGUGAGGCCCGAGGACAUUGACGAGUUUCUAGAAGACGAAAUCCGUCAAGAAUGUGCCAAAUACGGGGCAGUCGUUGAGGUGGUGAUUGCGCACGACGCCUCCGCGCAGAUUGUCAAGAUUUUCGUCAAGUUCGCCGACCCGACACAGGUAUUUCUUUAAAUAAAACUACAUGUGAAUUAACUUUGUUCAUAUGGAAAAAUUAAACAAUUGUUCAUUGUUAAAAACAAGAGAUGAAACAAGAACUUAGGUUAAGGAAACUUAAUACCUGAUUCAUCAGAAUCCCAUAGAGUGCUGAUACUGGGGCUAAUUAUACACGCAAAUCAGCGUUAGAUAAAAAAAGAAGUUUGAAAUAUGAGAACUUAUCUGAAUAAGCUGAAGAGCUUGCGGCAGGCUUGUACAUAGGGCUGUGCGGGCUUGACCAGGCCCCGAAAAAAUUAUUUUUAUUAUUAUAUUCGUACGCCUUUUGUGUCAUGCUUUUUUGCUUGCGGCCUCGCUUAGGCUGGUCGGGGUGUCGAUAGGUUGACCGGCUGGCCCUUGCACAAACCUUGCUAUCAAAGAGAAUGAGUUCUUCUGACGACGGAGGCCAUUUCACUUUUGUGUUGAGAAUUUUCUGAAAAUUGGUGGGAACACGGAGAACUCUUAAAAUAAGCUAUUAGGUUGGCCGGUUCGAAAUCGGCGUUGGGUUUUCGAUUUAUAUUUUGUUCCAAAGACAGGGUUCAAAAACGGAAUUAAUUCUCUGCAUGACCGUUGAUGAUAUAUCAGACACCUUUCCGUUCUUAAUAUCCUUAUAAAGUUUUUAUAGUUGGAUGAAACUCUGACAGAACCGUACAUUCAUAAAGGGCCAUCCUAAUAUUUUUGAGCUUGAGCCCUUUUUUUUCGCCGUCUAGGAAGUUGAACAGAUUGGGAGUUCCGAAAUGUUCUUCCGGCUCAUCAAGGAGUGUUCUCAAAAUCAAUCAAAAUUUCUCAUUUCUCGCACACAAAUACUAAAGUUUACGGCAUAAAGGUAGGGAAAAUGUGGGAAAUACGUGUUCGGAACUUGCGGUGGUGGAGGGAAAAGGACUCGCAGUCGUGUUAACCCUCCGCACCACUGGCCAAAUUUCAGGAAAUUCCCGGCCGCAAAUUUAAAUAACCUUCAUCCAACUUUUUACAUUGGUUUUCAGGUGGACGCCGCAAAAGCCGCACUCGAUGGCCGAUUCUUCGGGGGCAAUACGGUCAAGGCAGAAGCGUACGAUCAAAUUUUGUUUGAUCAUGGAGACUACAAAGGCUAA